AUGGUUUUUAAGCCAUUCACACAUCUCGCGCGUCAGACCUUUUCCAAGACCUUUGUCCACGGCUACGCCCAGUCUGUCGUUGCCGCCUCCCAAUCCUCAUAUGCUCCCUCAGCAUCCUCCCUAAACCAGAUCACUUCGAUCCCACAGACUGUAAAGUACACUCGAACAGCGCAGCUCCAGAGUGCUUUCCAGAAUGCUUCGGGUUCUUCUUCCAGCGCCGGUGGCGCAAAGGCAGGCCACACUGCUACUAACGGUAGCAGCGGCGAUUCCGGUCUAGCCGCAUACUAUGCUGCCUGGCAACAUGCACAGCAGACUGGUGAUGACAGUGACUGGAAGCAGUUUCAAUUCACUAAGCGCAUUGGCUGGAAGCCGGCCAAGGAGGAGAAAGAAUCCCUAGAAGAUUCGGACGUGGACCAGCUUGCCGCGUCUGUCUCGAGGGUACGAAGCCGCAGUGAAGUCCGUGCUUCAAGGAAUGUUGAGAGUGCUCCCGUUGAUAAAGAUGUAAGCGCAAAGGUUGACGAGGCCGUUGCCAGAGAGAUUCGAGAGAUUCAGGAGGCACAUGCUCUCGCUGAGUCCGAAUACGGCACUUCGGCCGCUGAGUCUGGAAGUGAAGUGUUCGAGACCCAGAGUGGUGAGCAAUCAUACCAGACUCCAGCUUCCUCUGUUCAAGAAGCUAUCGUCUCCCCGAGAACUCCUGUCAAUGAUAUUUCUCUCUAUGAGAAGAAGCAGGCUGAGUCUCGAUCCAAUGCCAUUGUCGAGUUAGCCAAGGAUGGAGCUCACGCUCAGGUUCCAGCUGCUUUCGAGAGUCUUUUAAGAGACGGAGCCAAACCCACUGCUGCCGCUUACAACGCCCUUCUCGAAGCUGCCAUCCGCCUUCACCCAGAGACGCAUAAUGCCGUCCCUAAGGCUCUCGAUGUCUACUCUGAUAUGCUCCGUCGAAGUGUUAUGCCCGAUGAAAACACCUACAAAAUCAUCGUUAAGCUGUUGUCCACCCGCUCCUUGGACUGCCUUCGCAUGGCCAAGGACUUGGAGCAGUCUCGAGCACGAUUUGGCGGAAUGGAAGAGCCAGGCAAAUUCAUUUUCCAAUCUAGCGAAGUCGAGCACGAGCUCUUGACCGAGGACCAUUCUCUCCCCAUCGCUCUUAAACUGUUCAACGUUGCUACUACUCGACACCCAGAAAUCGCCUUCCCACUCCCCGUCUACCGCUCUCUUCUGACCGCCUGUGCGAUGCAGGGAAAUGUCGACCAAAUGAUCGAGAUCUUCGCUCACAUGGAAGCCAACAAGGUUACCCCCCACGCUGCCAUGUUCCCACCGAUGGUUGACACUUUCUCUAUGAAGGGGGACUUUAAGAGCGCAGUUGAAUGUUACAACGAAUACAAGACACUGGCCAUUGCUGACAACAACGGAAUAUUUGGCAUUGUCGAACGUCAAGACGCCGAAGUCUACGCCUCUGUCAUCAAGGCUUACCUGUCCUGCGGGAACACCGAGGGAGCCUAUCGUUUCUUUAACAAGAUCCGCGCUUCCUUCGACGGUGUCGAGAAGCAGGCAGAACGCCUCCAAUCUGUUGAAGAGGUAAUCGUCAAGGACGGCUUUGUCAAACAUGCCCUAGACACCCGCAACUUCGCUUCGGCCCUGCAUAUUGCCCAGACUCAGCUGCAGGGCCAGGCCUUGACAGAUGCAGCUUUGAACAUAUGCAUUACUGCAGCUGAUGCCAAUGACAUCCCGACGGCUACUAGUGCGUACCGUCUCCUGACCACGGAUGCUGCCACCUCCGUCGAGCCGGCCAUCGCCAUGCUCGCCCUCCACAUCCGCCAGGGUAGCCUUGAAAUGGCUAAGCCGUUCUGGGAUGUUCUGUCCUCUUCAUCCCGUGUCAAGUCAAGCUUUAUCCAGCCUGUAGCUAUGUACACCAUCGCCUUGCUGAAGAGCGGUCAGAUUGAAGAGGGUCUCAUGGAAGCCCGAAGCAUGUUCUCGCGUAUUCGAAGUGCUAACCCAAGCUCCGCCGCUAAUGAGCAGAAGCAGCGCGUGCGCGAGGAGAUUGACGAGGCCAUUGAUUUGCUUGGUCGCGUUCUUAUCCAGGCCGCCGCACCCCUCUCGCCUCAUUCGGCUAUGACCCUAAUGUGGUGCAUGGUUGAGAAUGGUGGCCUUGUCUCCCCUGUUGCUGAGUAUGUUGUGGCUAGCCUUGGCCCCAUGGGAAUUUCUCACUUGACGGCUAGGGAUCUUACUCUUGCCAUGCAGGCGCAGGCUGGUAUGCUGGUCAAUGGCUCUACCCUGUUUGAUGCAGCACACCCUCUUCGCUUUGCCCAUAUGUUGGAUGUUGCAAUGAACGCUGGUAUCCGCCUCGACGACUACACCAAGCAACUUCUCGAACAAGGAAUCGCAAAGUUGGGAGAUGUCCGUCCAGACCAUGCACAGAAGUGGCACCAGUAUAUCCGUGGAAGCGCCCCUGUCUUUACCACCCCUUCAUACAAUACCCCGUCGCCUGCUGCUCCGCAACCACAGCCAUCCCCGGGACUUAAGCCUGCCCGCCCUGAUGAUUCGUUUGACCCUUACGCUCACUCCACAGACUUCAGAGGGUCAUCGAUAAUCGCCGAGAUGCUUGAGACCCCGCGCGGGCGUAUCGAGGACCAUCUUAACAAUGCCAUGACCAAGUUCAAGAACAUGCGCCGAAUUGGUAGACAUCCCCGCUACAUUACCUAUGCCAAACUGAUUACUGCUGCUGCGAAAUGCGGACGAAUGAACAUGGUACAUGAGAUCCUGGGUAUGGCCAAACACGAUGUCCCGCUUCUCCCACAGUACAACGCUGUUAAGUAUGGGUGGACAUCCAUCCUGGAUGCCAUGGUUGCUGCUUGCCUCACCACCGGCGAGCGUAGCCUUGCAGCCAAGUACCACCAGGAACUGUUAAACAUGGGAUCUGCUCCAUCCGCCAACACCUUCGGUCUUUACAUCACUACCCUCAAGGAAUCCACCAAGACUUUUGAUGAGGCCACCGAAGCCGUCAAGGUGUUCCAUCGCGCUACCUCGGAGGGCGUUGAGCCCACUUCAUUCCUUUACAAUGCUCUUAUUGGCAAACUAGGCAAAGCUCGUCGCAUUGACGACUGCUUGCUCUACUUCGCUGAGAUGCGUGCCAACAACGUUCGACCUACUAGUGUUACCUAUGGCACUAUUGUCAACGCCCUGUGCCGUGUUAGUGACGAACGCUUUGCCGAAGAAAUGUUUGAUGAAAUGGAGUCUAUGCCAAACUACAAGCCUCGGCCUGCUCCCUACAACUCCAUCAUCCAAUACUUCCUUAACACCAAGCGUGACCGCUCCAAGGUUCUUGCAUACUAUGAGCGCAUGAAGUCCAAGGACAUCCAGCCUACGAUGCACACGUACAAACUGCUUAUCGAUGCCUAUGCCUCGCUCGAGCCCGUCAACAUGACUGCCGCCACUGAGGUUCUGGAUUCCAUCCGUGCUUCCGGCCAGCUUCCCGAGGCUGUCCACUACGCCUCUCUCAUUCACGCUCGAGGAUGUGUGCUGCAUGAUAUGGCUGGAGCUCGCGAAACCUUCGACACUGCCCUCGCUCAACCACAUCUUCGCCCACAAGCAUGUCUUUACCAGGCUUUGUUUGAGUCCAUGGUGGCCAACCAUCAGGUCUCUGAAACUCCUGCCGUGCUAGCCGAUAUGGCUGCCAACAAAGUUGCCAUGACCGCUUAUAUUGCCAACACUCUCAUCCAUGGCUGGGCUACGACCGGAAACGUCCGUAAUGCCAAGGCAGUGUAUGAUGGCGUGGGAAUGGACAAGCGAGAACCUAGCACAUAUGAGGCGAUGACUCGGGCUUUCCUAGCUGCUGAGGACCACGCUGGCGCUGAUGGCGUUGUGCGUGAGAUGCUUUCUCGCGGCUACCCUUCCGCAGUUAACGGAAAGGUGCUGGAUUUGGUCAAUGGUGGACAGCCAGCAUAG